AUCACAGUCUGUCGUCAUCUAGACGUCUCGUAUCUGUGGAUCGAUUCAUUGUGCAUUUUACAAGAUUCCGUAGCAGAUUGGACGGAACAGGCUGCGCAAAUGGCCAAUAUUUAUGCAAACGCAUAUCUCACAAUCGCAGCAACAAUUUCUAGCGACGCGUCUGGUGGUUGUUUCAGAAAAACAAGUGACAAGUACAUGUCAAAACUCUCUCCAGGGUACAAAGAUACAUAUGUUCGCCAUGAACUUCCUGACUUUCCACUUAUGUCGAGGGAGUAUCAAACAAGAGCAAGUCCAGACUGGCCACUUUUGAGUCGUGGAUAG